AAACCCCAUUUCUAACUCCAGAAAACAACUACUCGACUACUCUCUCUCACUUUUCUGGGUUCUUUUUGAGUCCUUUGCAACAGACCCUCUUACAAAAAGAUCAUUUUUUUGGGGUACUCUUCUCUGGUUCUUCAACUUGGGAACCUGGUUUUUGUGGUUUCUUUUUAUUAAUCAUGGAGGAUGGUUCAAGAAAUAGGACUCAUUUCAACAUGACUUCACGAAAAGCCGAAGAAGCGGCUUGGAGACGCUAUGAGGCCACUCAGUGGCUAGAAAGUCAAGUGGGUCCUCUUGGUAUAUCAAACCAGCCUACUGAGAGAGAACUGAUUUCUUGCUUGAGAAAUGGUCUGAUUCUUUGCAAUGCCAUUAACAAGAUUCAUCCAGGAGCAGUGCCUAAGGUUGUGGUUGUGGACAAUCAAGUGCCUUCACAAUCACUUACCUGGGAUUCACAGCCUUUGCCUGCCUAUCAGUAUUUUGAAAAUGUACGCAAUUUUCUGUUUGCGAUGGAAGAAUUAAAGCUUCCAGCUUUUGAAGCUGCUGAUCUUGAAAAGGAUAAUCUCGAGAUGGGAUCGGCAGCAAAAGUGGUUGAUUGCAUUUUGGCACUUAAAUCGUUUCAAGAGUUGAAGCAGAUGAACAAUCAGAAUGGAUACAUUAAACACAUAAAAUCUCCUUUGCCUAUGAGAAUGCAUACAAGAGCAGCUGCGUUCUCCUCUGAUGCUUGUAGGCACUUGGAUUUGUCUUCCAAAUUGGAAAAAAUGCCUCCCGCUGAGUGUAAUUUUCCGAAAAGAGAAGAAAUUGUGGAAUUACUUGCCAAGCAACUGGUUGACCGUAUGUUUGAUGCCAAAGAAAAUAUCGAUGGAAACAUUAUUGCUUCUCUCCGUAAAGAACACCUGGUAGCGGAUCCAAUAAAGGUAUUUAAUCAGAUAAUGGCAUGUUGUAAUGGGGAACAGCCACCUACAAAGUUCAAUGAGUUGCCAUUGCUUCCAAAGGAUUCUGCAAAAGAAAAGGAUAACUUACCACCUCAUUCCACUUCAACACCUAUGCAAUCAGAUGCUUUAUCUGCUCCUGACAGUUCUAAGCAUUGCCAAGCUUGCCCCAGAAAGUGCAAGUGCAAUCAGGUGCAUCUUUUAGACAGGCAGGAAAAAGAACUACUGGAUCUCAAGGCUUUGAAGUUGAAAAUUAAGAAAGAGUUUGAAGAGAUGCAGUCACAGUUUCAAGGAUUUUUUAAUGAUAUUGGGAGUCAAAUACAGGAGAUGUCAACUAAAGCUCUUGGAUAUCACAAAGUAGUAGAAGAGAAUAGGAAACUAUACAACAUGGUUCAAGAUUUGAAAGGUAAUAUUCGAGUUUACUGCAGAAUCAGGCCCUCAUUCCGGGCUGAAUCCAAGAAUGUUGUUGAUUUCAUUGGGGAAGAUGGUUAUCUAUUCAUUUUAGAUCCAACAAAAACACUAAAAGAUGGAAGGAAAGUAUUUCAGUUUAAUCGGGUUUUUGGUCCAACAGCUGACCAAGAUGAGGUUUAUAAGGAUACUCAACCAUUAAUUAGAUCUGUGAUGGAUGGGUACAAUGUUUGUAUUUUUGCUUAUGGUCAAACUGGAUCGGGGAAGACUUACACCAUGAGUGGUCCUUCAGGUGGAGUGACAUCAAAGGAUAUGGGAAUCAAUUAUCUGGCACUACAUGAUUUGUUUCAAAUGUCUAAUGAAAGGAAGGACAUCAUAAGCUAUGAUAUUUAUGUGCAAAUGGUUGAGAUUUACAAUGAACAAGUUAGAGACUUACUUGCAGAGGACAAAACAGACAACAAAUUAGAAAUCCGGAGCUGCAAUGAUGACGGGUUGAGCCUUCCUGAUGCUAGAUUGCAUUUGGUGAAGUCUCCAACUGAUGUUCUGACCCUCAUGAAACUUGGUGAGGUUAAUCGUGCCGUCAGUUCGACUUCAAUGAACAAUAGGAGUAGUCGAUCCCACAGUGUACUUACUGUGCAUGUUAAUGGUAAAGAUACAUCUGGGAGCUCCAUUCGCAGCUGCUUGCACUUAGUAGACCUAGCUGGAAGUGAACGAGUUGACAAGUCUGAAGUUACAGGGGAAAGACUAAAGGAAGCACAAUUUAUUAACAAGUCUCUUUCCUGUUUGGGAGAUGUGAUCACAGCCCUGGCUCAAAAGAAUUCUCACAUCCCUUAUAGGAACAGCAAACUCACACUUCUUUUGCAGGACUCCUUAGGUGGACAUGCUAAAACAUUGAUGUUUGCUCAUGUGAGUCCGGAAGCAGAUUCAUUUGGUGAAACAGUGAGUACUCUAAAGUUUGCUCAGCGGGUUUCCACUGUGGAACUGGGGGCAGCCCGUAUGAACAAAGAAAGCAGCGAGGUUAUGCAUCUUAAAGAACAGGUUGAGAACCUUAAGAUUGCAUUGGCAACCAAGGAAGCUCAGAGAGUAAUGUUCCAAAGAAUUAAAGAACCACACACUCCAUUAGAGAAGCCAAGACUGGUGUCUGAGAAAACUCCAUUGCGCCCACGAAGACUUAGCAUUGAGAACUGCAGCGCUGUAAAGACUGAUAAAUCCGUGAAUCAUGAGGAUAGAAGUGGAGCCAAAUCACCACUUUUGUUACCUCGUUCGAGAAGAUUAAGUUUGGAAGGAGGUUCAAAAACUAUCAAGAAAGAUAGUCUACCAAAAGUAUCAGAUGAUACAGUAAGCAAAGCUUUACAGUACGAGUCAGUGUCUCGACAGAAAUAUCACCCAAUGCAAGAUCCAGAAUCAGUAUCAAAACUAAACGGCCAUUUCAGCAGUGGCAAUUCCAGGUCAGAGUUGCAUACCAGAACCCCUCGAAGUCCUACAAGCAUUUCCUAUCAAACGAGAUUGAUAAAAGUAAAAGGUGGGAUGCAAGUUCAUCCUCUUAAACUGCCUCAAACACCUGAACCACCAGUGCUGGAUGGAAAUGAUGCACAUGGCACGAAGGUGAUGGGUAGCACAAAUGGAAAAGGAUCCCAGAUAAGAAAAUCCUUGAGAACAAUUGGGAAACUGAUAAAUGGCCCUGAUAAGAGGAGCCAACAAAAUAAUAUGGUUGAAGUCAAGUCACCCAUCAAGGGCACUGGUCAUACAAAUCAUGUAAAAUCACCAAUUUCAGCUGCUGAGAAAACUAAAAAGAGGCAAUCUCUAACGGGGACUCAACCACCACUGUCAAAUAACUCCCGUAGAUCUUCACUUGGAGGGAAGCCAGUAGUAGCAUAUGACAAGGACGGAAAUGCUAGAACUCCUCCUUCCCAUUCAGACACCAAGACUGCAAAACGGUGGCUGUAGAUCAUUGCUUCGACUCAAAGCACGCCAACAUUGCUGACUUAGUUUAGGACAAGCAGAUUUUGGUUUAGGACAAUGUACAAAAAGGGCAACAAAGUAUUUGUAGAAUACUCAGAUAUGAUAUUUCAGUGAGGCUAUCUGUCUUUUCCAAAGGGGCAUUCUUGUAAUAACAAAUUCAAGAAACAGAAACAAAUUAAAAAAAUUCAUGUUCAUUCAUGCAGCCUUAAGUUCA